AUGAAGCCUUCUCGGAUGGAUAAUCUAUUAGGUCUCCUUCGUAUUCGGGUCAAGCGCGGUGUCAAUCUCGCCGUCCGCGAUCUCAAUAGUAGCGAUCCUUACGUCAUCGUCAAAAUGGGAAAACAGAAAUUGAAGACUCGAGUUAUUUACAAUGAUGUGAAUCCUGAGUGGAAUGAAGAUUUGACUCUCUCGGUCACAGAUCCCGGUCUCAACGUCCUCUUGACGGUGUAUGAUCACGACACAUUCACCAAAGACGACAAAAUGGGAGAUGCAGAAUUCGCGAUUAAGCCGUACGUUACUGCAGUGAGUAUGCACUUGCAAGAUCUCCCAUGUGGCACAAUUGUGACAACUGUCCAGCCUAGCCGACACAAUUGCUUAGCCGAGGAGUCUCGGGUUAUAUGGUGUGAUGGUAAGCUCGUUCAGGAUCUAAUCCUCAGACUCAAACAUGUCGAGUGCGGUGAGGUUGAGGUUCAGCUUCAAUGGAUUGAUCUUCCUGGCUCUAAGGGUCCAUGA